AAAGGACAAAGGACAAAGUUAAAGACGGCGUGGCCGUACCAUGCUCUGCCCGACAGUGGGGACAAGGAGGAAGAAGGAGAAGAACCGCGCAAGUGCCACCUCAGGGCUAGGGCAGAGGGCCACGCGCGUUAGAGCGCUAUGAGGCCGAGCUGAGCCUUCCACCGUACUAAUUUUCCCCAUAGUGUUCACAACAACUCUGCGCGGUGUUUUACAACGCGAACCAUGUCCUCUUCCGAAACAGCCAGCGGUAGCGAUGCGGAGGAGCCUGGGGAGAGUGUAGAGUACAGCGAGCCCAAGAGCGAUGCCACUAUGUAUUUCAUCUUCGGCGCUAUCGCCCUCGUGGCUAUCGUGGCCAUCAUACUCAUCGUCAUCUGGCUCCUCGGCAAGAGCUCUACCACGGAAGAGAUGUUGACCGGGGCGAUGAACGUAACAGAUGCGGGAAAUGAGAGCACUGCCGCAUCUGUGAGCCCGCCCUUGACGCCUUCUACCUCCCCGGGCCAUCAUAGCAAACCUGGCCACAAUGUCACGUCAAGCGGUGACAUGGUAUCCACAAUGGCGCAUUCGGCAAAAGUCACAGCCUCCGAAACUAAAUCGAUGUCUGGGUCGACUCAUUUGAAGGCCGAGUCGGCUCAUUCGAUGACCGAGUCGAGUGUUUCGAUGUCCAUGUCGAGUGCUUUGACGUCCAUGUCGAGUGCUUUGAGCUCCAUGUCGAGUGCUUCGAUGUCCCAGUCCAGCGCUUCGUCGCAGUCGUCAUCACAAAAGAAAGGGGGAAGGGCGGGACCUUACGAAUCAGAUGAGAUGUCUACUGACGCCCUGAAUCCUGAAAAUGGGACUUCUUCGGAAACAGAGGGCACAAAAAUUUCUACUGAGCCAAUACCAAACACUGGCGCCACUGAAGGUGCGCCAAAUCUAGUUUCUGACUCCACCGCUACUCCCAAUGCCCCACGUCCAGAUGGAGCGGCGACUGGAGAGCCCCUGGCCGUCAACGCAAAUGAAGGGGAAGAGACAAAGAAACGAGCCAUGGUGGACGCUGGGGGAAAUAAUGCAGCCAACCGAACCGGAGACGACGUCACAACGCACGAUAUGGGAGACGUCGCGAAUGCCUCGAGAUCUGUCGCGGACAGCGACUACCAGCAGGGACCAGACCCGAAGCGGAUGGUGGCUGUACCGUUAGAUAACAUUGCAUGAACCUUGAGAAUGAUGCCGCAUCACAGAGACAUCUUAUUAAAAUAAAUUCAUCCUAUUUGUCCAUGAA